CGCUCCCUUCCCGGGCGGGGAAUCCGGGCCGGGUUGUGGCCGCGGCCGCGUACGUGAGCGCCGGGCCGGGGAGGGAGGGCCGGCCGGCCAGGUGGGCGCGAAGCAGGCUUUGGGCCGCGGCCGCCGCAGCCCCGAGCCAGGCGGCGCCGAGCUGUCGGGGCGGGAGCUGCCCGGUCGAGGAACGGCAGGAGCAUGGCCAGCGCGCUGUCCCGGCGUCUGGGAAAGCGGUCCCUGCUGGGCGCCCGGGUGCUGGGCCCCCCCGGAACCGCACCCUCCCUGGAGCCACAGGUCGAAGUGCCGGAGGAGGCGCCGGCCACCAAGGACGCGCCCUGCCCCGAGCAGCCCCGGGAGGCCCUGCAGGCUGCUGGCCCUGCAGGGCUGCCCCCGACGGCCUUCCAGCCCGGGCAGAAGGUGGCUGUGUGGCACGGGGCCCCAGGGCUGCUGGAGCACAGCUGGGCAGAGGAGCCGGUGACCGCGGGGCUGGCGGAGCGGAGGCCGCUGGGGCGUGGCCGUGCCCAGGAGGUGCGGACGGCUGAGGCACAGGCCCCCCCGGAGCCGGGCCCCCAGACCCCCGUCUACAGACCUGUGUCCAGGAACAUCGAUGUCCCAAAGAGGAAGUCGGACGCAGUGGAGAUGGACGAGAUGAUGGCGGCCAUGGUGCUGACGUCCCUGUCCUGCAGCCCCGUGCUGCAGAGCCCCCCGGGCGCUGAGGCCAGCUUCUCGGUGUCCCGUGCAACCUGUGACCCGUGGAAGGAGAGCGGGGACGUGUCAGACAGCGGCAGCAGCACCACCAGCGGGCACUGGAGCGGGAGCAGCGGCAUCUCCACCCCGUCGCCCCCCCACCCCCAGGCCAGCCCCAAGUACCUGGGUGACGCCUUUGGCUCGCCCCAGACCGAUGCUGGCUUCGAGACUGACCCCGACGCGUUCCUGCUGGACGAACCGGCUCCCCGCAAACGGAAGAACUCCGUCAAGGUCAUGUACAAAUGCCUGUGGCCCAGCUGCGGCAAGGUCCUGCGCUCGACCGUGGGCAUCAAGAGACACGUGAGGACCCUCCACCUGGGGGACACGGCGGGGUCCGACCAGUUCAAGCGGGAGGAGGACUUCUACUACACGGAGGUGCAGGCGAGGGAGGGGGCCGCUGAGCCCGUGCCCAACCCCGGCGCGGCCAGUGCUCCCCUCGCCCUGCUGCCCCCGCCUGUGCCGCCCUCGGGGCCUGAACAGGGCAGCCCGGAGCCCCGCCUGCCCGCCCGCACGCUCAGCAAGUCGGCACCCGGCUCCUUCUGGCACAUUCAGGCCGACCACGCCUACCAGGCCGUGCCAUCCUUCCAGACGCCCGUGUCCCCGCACAUCUACACCAGCGUAAGCUGGGCCGCCCCGUCCACGGCUGCCUCCCUCUCUCCGGGCCGGAGCCGCUCGCUCAGCUUCAGCGAGCCACAGCCGCCACCUCCUGCCGUGAAGUCUCACCUGAUUGUCACUUCUCCACCCCGGACCCAGAGCAGUGCCAGGAAAGGCCGUGGUGAGGCCAAGAAGUGCCGCAAGGUGUACGGCGUGGAGCAGCGGGCGCAGUGGUGCACAGCCUGCCGCUGGAAGAAGGCGUGCCAGCGCUUCCUGGACUGAAGGCGAGAGCAGCAGUGGACUCGGGCCGGGGCUUCCCGCAGAACGCCGCCCCUGCCCGGAACUUGGGAUUUUUGUUUUUUAAGAAAAGAAAUAUUUUCUUCCCCUAAACUUAGGAGCGAGCCCCGCCUGACCAGGGGUGUUCUGCCAUGAACCAGAGACCAAAGAAUGAGGACCCCCACCCCACCCCCGCCCCGACUCCUGGGCCGGGGGUUCUUGGCUUUCCGCUCUUCCCGAGGGAACUGUGGGCACGUGGGGGUCUCUCCCCCUGUUUCUGGCUGAUGCCAGCUGGUGGGUGUAGUGCCUGGCUGGGGCAGGGGCUCGUGCCCACUCAGCAGCCUUUCUGGCGGCCGGACACCUCCUUGGGGGUGACUGCCAUUUGAAUGUGGGCUCCCAGGACUGCACCUGCUAUCACAGGGCGGCUGAGGCCGGCCCCGUCUCGAGCUCCCGCCUUCUCUCCCGCCUGCACCCCCCCUCUCUGCCAGCACUUGGGGGCGCACUUGUACCACGCUCACGCCAGUGUGGUGCCCGAGAGUGCCCAGCUGUCCCUCUGGGGCAUGGGUCCCCCCAUGAGCACAGGGGCCUGGCCCAGGGAGGCAGAGGAGCCUGGAGGGCAGCCUGGAGGAAGCCGGCUGCUUCUGGGGCUUCAGGCGGGAACUGAGUGAGGACAGCUGGCCCUGCGAGGCCCACCCAGCCUUCGCCCACUGGGGGUGUCUAGGGCCUGCUGGGUGCCCUUAGGGGCUCAGAGAAGCCCCCUCCACCCCCCCCCACCCCUGCUCUCCCUGGGCCAGGCAGCUUCAGCCACUCUGGACUCUGAUUUACACUGGCCUCGGGGCCUCAGCUGGGCAUACCUGGCAUGCGUGCCCAGCAUGGGUGGAUGGUCCGUGUGGCUGGUGUGCAUGCCUGGCAUCGUCCAGUCUGCCGAGUCACCAGUGGUGGCUUCUCGGGGAAAGGAGCCGCCGCUCGGGGGUCUGUGGGCCCCCUCAGGACCCCGAAGACGGCUGAGCUGAGGCUCAGGGCGGGGCACGAGAGAGGCGCCCCGCCCUUGCUGAGCUGGGGCUCGUCCAAGCCGUGUGGGGGUUCCGUGCCUCGUCUCCCGGUCCCCGUGGGAAAUGGACAUAGGCACUUUCCCAGGCUCGCUCCCAGGUCGGGCUGGGGGACUCCACCGCCCCCAGACCCCUGUCGAUUCUACCGUCCCCAGACCCGUGUCCUCUCUCCGCCCCUUCACAGCUGCCCCCUCCAUGCGGCCCUGAUGACGGAACAUCUCCCUUGGGGCUCCCCCGUCUGCAUGGAGACAGCAGGGAUGGCGAGAGAAGCCGUGGGGAUGGGGGGCUCUUGGCAUCGCUCGGACCCGCCGACCAGGCCCCUCUGGCUGUGCUCCAGCGGGGGCUUCGAGCCCAGGCCCCGCCCUGUGGCUGUCGUGUGGGUCCUUGGAGUCGCCCUGCUUGUCUCUGCUGGAGAAGGGGAGGGGGCUUGCCUGGGGAGGCCAGGGCUGUUCAUCUCCGUCCCCCUGCCGCUCCCCAGGACCCCCUCUCCGGGGGCAGAGCUAACUUAAACACAGAGAGGGGUCCCGGGAAGGACCGGCGCUGACCGGCCAAGCAGUUGUCUGCAAGCUUCUGCUUCCAGGGACGGUUCCUGUGCUGGAUGGACUUGGGGGAACAGCCUUUGGGAUUGUGAUGGCCGAGCCCAGGGCUCGGUCACUGGGUCCAGCCCACGGUCAGGUUCCACCGAGAGCCACCCAGCACUUGGGCUGACCACGGAGUCUGAUGGGAGGUUCUGAGCUGGCCCAAAAGCAUCGGAGGGGCAGAUGGCGGCUGGCGUGUGCCAACACCCCCACCCACGCCCCCGGGGCCCCCCCAAGACGUCGGCUGGGGUGCUCAGGAUGUCUGGAAGCACUUGGUCCUGUUCCCUCCUGGGCCCGCCGGCUCUGGUUCGGCCAGGCACGGCCCAGCACAGACAGACAGACAGACAGACAGAAAGCAGGAGUGGAGGAAGAUGAAACCACAUUGUGCAUUCGGCUUAGUGCCCCCCCCGCUCCCCCCCCCGCAGCUGUCUUCCAAGUAUUAUUUUUACUGUUACGAAAUUUUUUAAAAGAGAAAUGUGAAAUGUAAUGUUUUUACAGCAACCAUAUGAAAUAUAUUUUAUAAGGAAUAAAUGGUGCCUUGUCUGUG